UCACGACAAAACCAACAUAGUGCGUUUGCGACCAGCAUGGAUCCAGACCAGCCUGCGCAUCCGCGCAGUCUGAUCAGGAUCCAUGCUGUUCACUAUCAGUUUCUCUACUUGUAAUAGGGUUGGUUUUGUCGUGACGCGGCUCAAAUAUUUUCUAUGGCAGAAUUGAAAAUGUUGCAGUCUUGGUUUGAAUGAGCCUAUUCGUGGUGAGUAGUGAAAAUUGCAAGCUACCGUUCACGCCCCCUCCCCCUAGCACCGACUUAAAUAGCCAGAUUGAAGUUAACAAAUGAUAUUAAAACCAUUUUUAUAGUCAAUAUCUAUCAUCUUAUUAUUUGUUUUCACUCAUGUUUUGCCGAAAUGCUUUUAUUUUGAAUAACUAUCAACAAGAUUUUCGAAAAUACAUGGAAAUUAUUAAACAAAUAACCGUUCAUCAUAACAAAAUAAUUUCAUAUUAGAAACUGACUAUCUAAAAUUUAUUUAUUUAUUUAUUUAUUUUUGUUAUUUCUUUGCGUAAUGCUUCGAGCUGAAAAAAAUGUAGACGGAUGAGGCAAGAUUUAUACGUGAAAAACAAUGUAUUUUGUGACGCUGUUGAUAGAAAUUAAAUGUAACAUUCUGUGAGUGGUAUGCAUUAUUUUAUUCUAUUUAAAGUGCUGAAAAAAUUGCAUACGAUUAUAAUGUUUUAAGUUGAGACAUAUAAAAUUGCACAUAUUUCUAUGGCAUUCUCACUUUCUUUAAAAAUGUUGAAAUGAUUGACCGCAAAUGAAUUUUGUAAAAUGGAGCAAUACGUUAUUUAAUAGUGUUAAAAGUUAUUUGUUUUUCUGUUUUCUUUAAAAAUAUGUUUUACUGCGCACGUUUUUUUUUCAGCGUUAAUAAACAUGUAAAUAUUUUUUUACAAGAAGAUACGACUUCAAAAGUAGAAAAAGCUUUGCUAGCGACAGAAAAAUAAUAAUGAUUAAAUCUUCAUUGACUGGUUAAGCGUACACCGUUCAUUUAAUCUGAUACUGCUCCGCCCCUGUCACCGUCAUAUAUUUAACUCUAUGAGCAUAUCCAAUAUGUCAUGUUUAAUAAUUUCCAUAAGCGACUUGCUUAAAAUUUGUAUGCAUAAUUAAACGAGUUGAUUUACACAAAUAGAUGCUUUGAGGUGUCACUAUAAAAAUAAUAUGUUAAAUUGGUCAAAUAAUGACCGUUGAUUACCAAUAGAUAAGUUCGUGUAAAGACGGGAUUCCCUUUCUAUAUCGGGCAUUGAUACGCGAUCAACCAAUGAAAAACGGCGUCAACAAUAAUAUCGUUCUUUCUCUUGGCCAAUGAAAUGUGCGCGCAAGCUCUACAUGUGUUUGAUGUGUCUGGGAUUUAUAUAUACAUGUCUGAAACUCUGUAAAUUCCAAAUUGAUGCUGAAUAGUCUGGUAUAUAUAAUCACUAAAAUGGUAAGGCAUUUCAUUUCAAUACAAUAUGGAGUACAUGAAAAAAGGUAGAGUUAGUUAUUACAAUGCAUAUUUACAAAUAGAACCUUCAAUAUAUAUAUAUUAUUUUGUUAAGAAAUUUCAAUUGCUAUGCAUUAUCUGUUUUCUAUUUCUUUCUGUUAUUUUCAUGCGUAAUUAAUUUAAAGAUUCAUUACUCUCUAUUUCAGAAGCACGACUGACGGUUAUUGCAUUUAUUCUCAUGGUAAACGUGGGUGCUAUUCUUUGCCAAGCAACUUACCAGGUUCGAAUCCCUAGCAAAUUUUGCAAGCACUGCCAAGGUUUUAGUGACAUUCGAACAGAUGAGUCAAGCGGAUGCCCUCUACUGCGUAAUGACACCUUUGAAAUUGUUAACCAAUUAGGACCAUUGCUGGGUCAAAUUAAAGACACUCUUAUUGCAGAGAAGGAUUUGCUGGGAAGCAUUCUCACUUCUGAUACGGAUUUCGAGCCAUAUGACAUUAUAGAUUUGCAGGACAUCGAAAAGUCAAGUAUUUCUAAAUACCUUCGGGCAGGCACUAAAGUUGAGAAGAUUAUUCACCAUGGUUAUGGGAGAAUGAUGAUGCAGAUAGCGUACCUGAACUUGUAUAAAGAGAUUCUAGAACGCGACAGACAUUUGAACGAAAAUCUUAAAGGCGAUACACAAGUUAAUAAAAUUAUUCAACUAUCUGAAGCUGUAUCUUGCAAGCUGUAUGACUACACAUCAAUGCUUGGAAUUCGAAAAAUUAAGAAGAAGAUGUGCAAGUUUAUCGACGUAAAACCUUUCACGGAUAAAAGGGAUGAGAAGGAGUAUAUACAAUCAAUUGUACAACACAGUGUGAAAAGUUUCGAAGCCACUAUUGACGCAAUAGAGGAUUUAAAUAGCCCUGAAAUAACGGAAAAUUGUCAGUAUGAAUGUGGUGCGAAAAUGGAAAUAUUUCUAAGAUGCAGUGAAGAUAAAAAACAAUUUAGAAAUGCACCAAAGGGAAGAAAAAACAGAAAAGACAGGAAAAAUAAAAAUAAAACCAGAAGGAGAAAAAAUAAGGGGCGAAAAGGUUGUAAGAAGAAUAAAGGUGAAGAAAAAAGUAACAAGCGUCGGUGUAAAAAUAGAAGACGCAAUAAGAAAAGAUCUCAAAAAAGGAAAAACAUUUGUUUUAGAUGUACAUGACGUUAUGGAGUAAAACUAACAUUCCACCAACAAGAAAUACUCAUUCAGGACUUUCCAAUGUGUUAAUUUGUUUUUGAAUCUCACUCCUUAGUAAAAUUUUUGAAUAAUGUAUAAACUUGUUCAUUUAGGUUGUGACAAAAUUUUAGUUAUGACAUCUAUUUAUUAACACAUCUUUUGACAAUUUUCAUAUUUGCCAUAAUGUGUUCUUUUUGUAAAUUAAUCUAUUUAUUUAUUAACUUAUCUUUAUAUGAAUGGAAGGUUACGGUGUUGCAUGAAAAGUAUUAUGAGCAUGUGUACACGUCUGUCUGUCUGUCUGUCUGUCUGUCUGUCUGUUUAAAGGAUGAACAUUUUUCUACGGUUGUGAUUUAAUGUGGUAGCGACUUGAUCAAUGUCUGCACCGUGUAUUGAGAUUUUUAUUAAUUAAUUUUAAUUUUAGUUCCUAGAACAAAGAAUAGUAGAACAAAGAAUACAUUGUACAUAAGAUAUAGAUAUAUUUUUACUAAGUAGCUUUUUAUACAUUAUAUAUGUUAUAUAGUUGUUAAAUAUUCAGGAAGAAAAGUUACAUAUGUAUUAAGAUAAUGUUUAUGCAUAUUUUUAUGUAAAUUAGCUUACAUUCCUAUUUUAGAACGUGCCAUUGUUUUAGGUACAGGUUUUAUCCUUUACCCUGCUGGAACCGGAAGUGAUAAAGCGGUGUCAAGUACGGACUGACCCGCCUCUUUAUUGUUGACCAACUUCAUUCAAAUUUUCAUUUUGAUAUCACAAAAUUGCUUAUUGAGAGAUUUAAAAAAAUGGUAAGGUUGACAAAUCCAUUUAAGAAAGCCAGCAGUUUAAAGUAUGUUACAGUAGUAUUAAAAAUUUAGUGCUUAAAUUGUCAUAUGAGUCACCUUCGUAAAUACUUUUUAUAUAAAAUCACAUAUUCAUAACAGUAGUAAAACUACAUGUAUUUGUUAGUUUUGAAUAUUUUCCGUCCACAGAAAGUUGUCUCAAUCUAGUUUUUGUUCAAGUUUUUGCAUUUAAAACAUUAUUUAUUGAAUGCAUUUCUGUAUAAUUUAGUCAGUUUAGUCAAAAUAUUUUGUGUUCUUAUUUAUUUCCUAUUAUUUUCUGUAUACAAUGCAAAAAUGUUGUUAUAUCUU